GGAAAAAGUUUUUCAAGCAAAAAAUAAAGGAAAAAGAAAAGAGAAAACCGAACUAACACUAGCAAAGGACUCUUGUGCACAUGCAACGUGGCUCAAAUGAUGCCCGAAACUGAACGCGACGCACAUUUGGAGGCAGCUGAAAUGGCCAGUGGCGCCCUGGCGCAUAAUUACGGUAUUGUCAAGGAUCAGCAACAACAGCAACAGCAGCAACAACUGCAUCACCUGCAGCAGCAACAUCAUCAUCAACAGCAGCAGCAGCAACACCAGCAGUCCAACUCGGAUCUGUACAAGAUGGCCUGCAAUGGCUACAACUACAGCAGUCCGCUGACCAUACCGCCCACCUCGAUGACCACGCACAUGGUCAGUCCGAUCAGCAACAGCAAGGAGAAGCUGGUGAAUAUGUUGCGAGUGCGUGACAACAACAACAUGGCCAGCCCGAUCUCCGACAGUCCACCCACCACGUUCCUGCAAAAGCAACUGGAGGCGGUUGUGUCGCCACGGCCGAGUUCAGUGCAUCCCCAGCAUCAGCAGCCGCAGCAGCAGAGUGCGCAGCUGCAGCAGCAACGGCGUUCGGUCAGCACACCUGCGAUUACAACCACUCCGGGUCCGCCCACCAAUUGGCAUGCCCAUGUCUAUGAUCGACUGCCGCCACAUCCGACGCCGCACUCCAUAGCCGAUAUCCUGGGCAUGUCCUUUGUCAAAAAGGAACGGCCAGAGGUCGCCUUUGAUGCUCAAGGACCGGCCAAGUCGCCGAAUAGCAUACUGAAACCGUAUCAGGAUCAGCAGCCCAUUCGUAGCUCCUCCAUUUCGAUGAGCGAUGCCAGCGAGGAGGAGAGUGCCGCUGUUGCAGGGGCAACAUCUGCCGCAGCAGCAGGGGCAGCAAACAUCACAGCAGCAAAUGUUGCAACUCCGCUCGAUCAGCCGCUAAAUCUGUGUGUGGCCAAAAAGUCCCGCGACAGCAACAACUCACCCAUGCCGGCCACCAAACAGAGCCAAAUCCUCGGGAAGUCUGCUACCAAGAAGGAAAGCUCCGGCAAGCCGGCGGCCAAGAAAAAGAAGCUAUCGCCAACGGCAGCGUCAACUGUGGCUCUACCACCGGAUAUCAGUCCAACGGGCAGCAGCGACAGUUUGAUGCGGGACAAGUUGAUGGCCAACAACAGCAGCUCGCCGGGCAGCAAUGUGAAUGCGCAGUUGCAGAGCAAUGCCAAUAGCACAUUGGAGACCACCGAGGAUGACUCCGAUUCCGGUUCCACGGAUGCGCGGCGAAAGAAGAAGGCACGCACCACGUUCACCGGCAGGCAGAUCUUCGAGCUGGAGAAGAUGUUCGAGAACAAGAAGUAUCUCAGCGCCAGCGAGCGCACCGAAAUGGCCAAGCUGCUGAUGGUCACUGAAACGCAGGUGAAGAUCUGGUUCCAAAACCGGCGCACCAAGUGGAAGAAGCAGGACAAUGUCACGAAUAACGAGGCGGCGGAGCACAAAUCCUCGAAUGCGAAGCCAGGAGCAACAGGCACCGCAACAACAACGCCAAGUGGAGAGCCGACCGAAAAGAGAUCCAGUAAUGCGACUUCACCCACUGUUGGCAAUGCCGCCCCCAUUGCGGAGAUUAAGAAAUCUCCAAAGUCUCCAAAUCGCGGCAGUAACAAUAACAACAACAAUACGUUAAACAACAAUGUUAAUAACAGCGAGGGAAAAGUGCCCGCCAAACAAAGUACCACCAAGAUUAAAAAGCAGUUGAAUGCGCUGCUGGAAAAGACAGUUAAAACGGCUAAUCAAGCACAUCGAAGUGCAGAAUUGGAGAGCAGCGACCAAAAGCCCGCAGUGGAGAAAAGGCCAAAUAAUAGUAACGAAAAUCAACUGCUACACCAGCGCUUGCAUCAACAUGCCAUACCUUUAACUGUAGAACCAGCCGCUCCACUCGAACAAACCGAGAAAUUGGACAUAAAACGAGAGGAGUCACCGCAGCACCGGGAACUGCAGUUAAGUCUCCAAAGGGCGGCAAUUCAAAAUGGCCAGCUAACGGAAAUGGAUUUUGAAAGCAAAUUGGCCGCAAGUAAAAUAUCCAUUGCCUUGGCCAUGGCCAAUAAACAAAUGCAGCCGGAAAAGAUGAUCAAAACCGAGAGUUCCUCAUCGGAGGGCGAAGGCGAGGGAGACGGCGAGGAAGAGGAGGAGGAGGAGGAGGAGGUGUCCUCCAGCGAGCAUGGCGAUUCCAUAGAAGCCCACGAUUCCCAGGAUCAGGAUGUCGCCAUGCGGGAGAUUUAAACAGAAAAAAACACAGUCAAAUUAACUUGUGCCAAAAAGUCGAAUAUUGCUCAUCCACAAAGAGGAUUAACUAUCCCAAUAUACAAAAGAAAAAAAGAAAACUAAACAGAAAGAAAACCCCCAUAGUUGUAUUACUUAAUUGUAAUUUAAUUGUCGCGUAAUCUGUUCAAUUUUAGGCUUGUAUUUUAUUUAUUUAAUAUACUUAAACGCUAAGGCUAGGCUUUUGUAAAUGUCGCAUUUAAAUGUCCGCGUAAACUAUGGCAAAUUGUAAUCUGAACUUUUGAGAAUUUCAUGUGAUAAUGUAUACGAGGCGAUUACAAAAUUGAUUUUACUACUUGAACUAUGAACUAUACUGUAUGUAGGCCUGUAAGCUCUGCUACCCUGUAAAUUGCAAUUGAAUGAAACAUAUUUAUUGAGUGUUUGUACAAAAAAGGAAUUAAGGCAACAAAUAAGAAGAUUAAGCCCGAAAAAUGGCUUAAGCUCUGGUUAAAUUUAUCGGAACUUUACAUUUAUUUAAGAAAAGUUGAAACAAUAUUGCGUUAUCGUCAUUCAGUUCAUCAGAAAACCUUUUGUUCGUUAAAAUAAAUAAAUUUCCUAAAUUUGUUUUUAUAUAUUUUAAUGCUACUUAAACCUGAAUGGCAAAUAAGUUAAUUCAAAUUAUUAAACCCUAAACUAUUCCGCUGAAUUUAACAGGAGUAUAAGACAAUUGUAUGGCUGAUUGAACGCUCCGCCGUUACACAUUUUAAAUUCAACAAAUUAAACGAUAACAAAAUAAACAGAAUAAAUUCAAUCAA